CAAUUUCCUUCCCAUGAAAAUGGAGCCGGAUUUAUUCGUGACUCUGUCCGCAUCAGCCGGGCCCACGUCGGACUCCCUGCUGACAUUUGGGGACCUGUUUCCAGAGCAGAAGGGGAAUUACUUCCUCAUGGACCUGGAGAAAGUGUCGGAGGAAUCUAGGGGACAGGUGCCCGGUUCGGAUCUGGUGCUGCUUCCUCCAGAGACCCCCCCACAGCCCUCGGUGCUUUUAGGGCCUGUUCUGCAGGAAACGGCGUCUGUGGCUUUCCAGCAAGUUUUGGGGGAGGUGAAGCUCCACCAGGACUUAUUUUCUGAAGGACCCAUCAAAUAUUUGUAUCGGUUAGAAAAUCAGGAACUCUGUCUUUUGGACCAAGAGACCAAUACCCCUGUCGCUGACAUAAAUCAGGAUUUACCUGUUAGUGACAAGCAGAUGUCUUUGCUAGAUGUGGUUAAUAAAGAUUCUUCUGAGGAGGAUUUUAAUACAGCUAUUACCUUGGUGCAGGAUCCGGUAGGCUCCGACCGGUUAACAGGUUCUGAAGAGCCGGAACAGGAGGACCUUUAUGCACUUGAUUUGGGCCCACCUCGGUCACCUCCACAGGAUUUACAAUUGAGCAUAGAAUUUAGGGAGCAGCAAUCAUGUACGGAAAACUGCCUUCAAGAAAGUGAUGACAUUCUUCAGGAUCAAAGAGAUUUUUACUUAGGCAUGGACCAGGCUGCUUGCCCGGACCCCAAAACCCAGCUCUCAGGACUUGAUCCAGUUUUUUCCUGGACUAAAGAGCCAGAGGAUUAUGUGCCCGGAAGAUGCCAGAAAAGUGUUUCAUUAAGUGCGGAGGACUUAAAUCAUAGUUACCAAAUUAGUAAUGAAAUAAACUUCUUUCCCUCUUUCACUACUUCCACUUUGUGUGAUCUGAAGUUAGAUAUAGUUCAGAAUAACCUGGGCCAAUCCUCUGAUUUCAACCAGACUGAACCAAUUCCAAAUGAGCCUUCAGGGUGUCAGGAAGAUGUCCCUCGACUCAGAGCUGUAUUUGAUGCCCUAGACAGAGAUGGGGAUGGUUUUGUCCGAAUAGAAGAGUUUGUUCAAUUUGCUACAGUUUAUGGUGCAGAACAGGUGAAGGAUUUGACUAAAUAUCUGGAUCCCAGCGGACUUGGUAUCAUCAGUUUUGAAGAUUUUUAUCGAGGGAUUACAGCUAUCAGCAAUGGAGAUCCUGAGAGCCAGUUGUAUGACAUUGGAUAUGUCCAAGAAGAUUCCCCUGCCUGCCCUGAUGAGUUUGACGAUUUUGUUACUUAUGAGGCAAAUGAGGUAACAGACAGUGCUUACAUGGGUUCAGAGAGUACUUAUAGUGAAUGUGAAACCUUCACGGAUGAGGAUACCAGCACACUGGUGCAGCACGAAAUGCACAAUGAAGUAGAGACAGACAGCGCUAUUGAUUCUGCUGGUCACUCAGAGUGCCCAGAUGGCAUGGAAGAACCAGAGAAUGGGCCAUUGCUCCUCACACCGGACAAAUCCCGCCCACAUGACCUAUCCUUGAGCUCCGACCUGAACAACUCCAUCGUGACUGUGAUCAGUGGGGAGGAGCAUUUUGAAGAUUAUGGAGAAGGGAAUGAGGCGGAGUUGUUUUCUGAUAACUUGUGUAAUGGAGAAGCCAGCUUUAGCAGCUCUUUUCUUUCUCCCAGUACCAACCCACUUGCUGCGAAACUGCACAGCAUUCUCACAGAUGAGGCGUUUGAAUUUUACUGUAGCCAGUGCCACAAACAAAUCAACCGCCUUGAGGAUCUUUCUGCUCGUCUGAAUGAUCUUGAAAUGAAUAGUCCAAAUAAACGCCUCUCCAGUAAGAAGGUAGCAAGACAUCUCCAUCAGACGGGGACUCUGACUGUAGAGGCUAUGGAAGAACCUUCUCGUGAUGCCAUGGACUGUACAGAGGAGGACAUUGCAGACAAGGUUAUCUUCUUGGAGAAGAGAGUGACAGAACUAGAGAAGGACACAGUGGCAAACGGAGAACAACACAGCCGGUUAAAACAAGAAAACCUGCAGUUAGUGCACAGAGCCAAUGCCCUUGAGGAGCAGUUAAAGGAGCAGGAAUUGAGAGCUGAUGAGAUGAUCCUUGAAGAAAUUAGAAAGCAGAAAGAACUCCUGUGCAAGAUGGAGAGAGAAAAAAGCAUUGAGAUUGAAAAUCUCCAAGCUAGAUUACAGCAGCUGGAUGAUGAAAACAGUGAGCUGAGAUCCUGCACACCAUGCCUGAAGGCCAAUAUCGAGAGACUAGAAGAGGAAAAGCAGAAAUUGCUGGAUGAAAUAGAAGACCUAACCAUUCAACUCAAUGAAGAGCAAGAAAACAAAAGAAAAAUGGGAGACAAAUUGAGUCAUGAAAGGCAUCAGUUUCAGAAAGAUAAAGAGUCAACACAGGAGCUGAUUGAGGACCUCAGGAAACAGUUGGAGCACUUACAGCUGUUUAAGCUUGAAGCUGAGCAAAGACGAGGCAGGAGCAGCAGUACAGGGCUGCAGGAAUACAACAGCAGGACACGAGAGACUGAGCUGGAGCAAGAGAUCCGCCGGCUGAAGCAGGAUAACAGAAAUCUAAAGGAGCAGAAUGAUGAGUUAAAUGGGCAGAUUAUAAACCUCAGCAUCCAAGGCGCAAAGAACCUCUUCUCUGCCUCUUUCUCCGAGUCGCUGGCUGCUGAGAUCAGCUCUGUUUCACGUGAUGAGCUGAUGGAAGCAAUUCAAAAACAGGAAGAGAUCAACUUUCGUCUCCAGGACUAUAUUGACAGAAUCAUUGUGGCGAUCAUGGAAACCAACCCCUCUAUCUUAGAAGUGAAGUAAAGGAAUGAAAUGCUGCCCCUCCAAUCCUGGUGACCUGGUGUGACCUUGCUGCUCUGAGCUUCAGGAGGCCCUGCUAAGCUCUCUAGACCACUAAGGUCUCAUCUCCAUCAAGGGGCAAGGAGGAUCACAUCCCAUUGCCUGAACCAGCCCAGAGCAAUUGAGAGAAAAGCAGAUACAGCUAUGGUUUGGGGCACUACCCUUGCUUGACGUAGCAGGGUGAAUGGGAAUGUAGUCAAGCAGAACAAGAAGCAGGGGAAAGAUGGGGAAAUGGGAAGGAGGAAGAACACUGCCUCCUUGCCAGUGGAGCUGUCUGAGUACGAGGUUAGAGAAAUAGGCAAUGAUUCGAUGAGUGGGAUUUGAUCCUCCACCUCUCUUCUGGCAGAUCUUCCUUUUGCUCUGGGGAGAGAAAGGUUCUCCAAGCAUCUUGCCGUAUUAGAUAGACUAGUUAGAGAGAUUCCUUCUGACUCCAGCUGACCAGUCCACUCUGAGUCCCCCAAAGCCCAUUUAAAUUUUGAAAUGCUCGUGCUUCUUCUAUCCAGCUCUUUGGGCCCAGUCUCCCUCACAGGCGAUGUGCAGGCAGGUCUGCAGGUAAAUUGUGUUUUGACUCAGUGCUUCCAAGGUGCUUAUAGGUUCCUCCCUUAAGCUUUGCUUGGCUUCUGCCUCCACACUUCCAGGAACGUUCCUGAAAAGUCACUAGCUGAUUUUGAGCAGAGUAAAAGGGAAAGGAAGCUGUUAGACUUCUUCUUCAGACAUGUGCUGUGUGUUCUGACUGCUUUUUUAACCCAUCUGUGACACAUAUGAUCCAGGCAGUUCCUAUUUCAGGGCAAGUUGAUUUUAUUUCACACCAGAUGUAAAAGUAUAUUUGCAGCUGUAUACCCAGCUCCUUUCCCCCUGCUCUGAGCAAAUACAGUUGUAGCCAUGAAGGAGAUAGAUGAGACUAAAUGACUAAAGGGUAUUGGAAGGGACUGGAUAGAACAGUGGGUUAAAAUAGAAAUGUGGUUAUGAACUCUUGUAAAUGGCCUAUUUGUCUCUUGAGGUAGAUUGAGAGGGGCUAGGCUUAGUUUACUCCUGUUGGAACCAGACUGGUGGCAGAUUCCCCCUCCCCAAUUCCUUUCCCAGUCUUCCCCUUGCCCGUGUAGCCUUAGAAUUGCUCAGGCAUGUAUCUCACAGCAAAAAUUGGGCACAUUGCCCCUUAGCCAAGGUCCUGCCUCGCCCUGUCUCUUGCUGUAGUAUAGACAGAGACAUGACCACGAGGGCCUUCGGGAGUCGGUCUUAUGUUCAGGACUCAAGGAUUAUUGGCGUUUAGUCGGGAAUCCUCCCAGGCCCUGGUAGCGGAGAUCUUCCAGGGGCAGGUGUGGCUUAUUGCAAUACUCCUUUUAGGGCAAGCUCUGUUAGUGAUAUUUUGAAACUAUACAGAAUAACCCUCCUCCAGCUCACCUUCACUGUUUCUAUGAUACAAAGCUCAUAUUCCUCUCAAAAAUCAGGUGAGAGAAUAGGCUUUUGGUUUUAUAUUUAGUUCUUUUUCUUCAAAAUAGGGGAGAGUACCUCCAUUCUGCUGGUUUGAGUACUAUAAGUACCGCGAUAUCCCCCCGACAGUAGUAACAUUAGGGAUUCAGCCUCAUCCAGCAUUGGAAAGUAACUUCAGCUAUUUAGGAGACUAGAUUCCCCCCCCCCCAACAUUGGACACUGACAUUAAUCAUGCCUCAGUUGUUGUUUUUGAAUACAGAAAGGCUCAGAGAGGGCCAUCUGAGAUCCCCUCCUAGGUGAAAGUGGCUGGCUUUUAGGAUCUUCUUUUGAGUCUCUAGACAGUCAAGUGCUAAGACCCCAGCCUCCCAGCCAAGCUUAGGACAGCAGUGACACAUGCCUUGGGGAGGCAAUGACUAGUGUGCAUUGUCCUGCUGCUUGUAGGAUAACCAUGACUACUGCUGCUUUGACUUCCAUGCAGCUACUGUGCCUGACUUCCAUGGUGAUGUUUCAGUGCAAACACAGGAGUUAUCUACGUCUGCACCACAGGACAAGUGUGGACUUUUCUGGGCUUCAUGUUAUACACUUUAAGGUGCCACAAAACAGGCAGAUCAACUCUCUGGACUGGGUUUCCUUCCCACCCAUCCACCAUGUUGUUGGUUUUUGUUCUUGUUCCUUAAGAAUAGCUCGUUACUUUACCAUGGUGUGUCUCUUGGCAAGAGAAGGGGGACACCAGAGCUGAUCAAAUCCCUGCCUUAGAAAGUGAUGGGUGACUGGGAAUGGUUGACAGUGGCAUUCCAAAGGCAAAGGUUGAAUGGAAAAAAUGUCAUUCCUGAAUAUUUGUGAAAUGUACUUUAAAAAACCUUCCCCCUCCCCUGAAUUCUUCCUUUCCUGGGUCUCUUCCAUUUCCCUCCUUCCCAUCUGUUCCCUCCCCUCUUCCUACCCCCACUGGCCUGGGCGGGGUUGUGCUUCCAGAUCCCUUGAAACUUUUCAUGAGCUUGUCACCAGAUCACCUGCUGCUUUGGCAUGUCCUGGAGACUCCACAGGGUGUGUUCCCCAAACUCCAAAGGGGAGACCGAUUAUACCUAGUGCUUCUGAAUCUGAGCACUGAGCCAUGAGGCCUUCCCUUCUUCCCUUUCACAAACUUGUCCUGUUCCCAAUCACUAUUUCCCCCUCCCGUGAGUAUGGGUAUGUGUGCACACCCCCUCCUUUCCCACCAAGAUUCAAGAUGUUGCCUCGUACAUUUUUGGAAAAGCUUUGGGUGUAAAUCAGUAUAUACUGGGAGGAGAGAUUUUUCUAUCUUGUAGAGUAGGUAUUUUUUAUAGACUGAAGGUUGAUCAAUUUUUUAAUACUUUCAAGAGAGAAAAUUGUAUCUGUGUAUACACAUUAAAUAUAUAUAAUAUAUAUAUAUAUGUAUAAAUAUAUAAAUAUUGAAGCUCAGCCUUUCUCCACUUGGGGUAAUGUAUCCCUGGUGACACAGCCUUUUUGUUUUCUGUUGAUCACUAAGAGGUACUGUAAAUGUAAAUAUGACUCGCCGGGAAAAAUGUAAAGACAAACAAAAACCAACAAGAAAACACAAAAACAAAGCACUGACUUGACCACUGACCAUGCUUUAACCCCCCCAGCCCCCAAGGAAAAUGAUUUCCCGCUGAAGUUCCUGGGCCCCUGGUAUGUGAAAGGAAUGCCGAAGAAAAGGCGACCUAUGUGGUCUUCAACGAUGCACCCAUUCCUGUCCCAUUAAAAGCUGUUACCGUCAA